GACAAAUAUGUCAUUUUUCGUAAUGUCAGCUUGUGUCAAAAAGGAAGUUGGUGAUGUGUUUCAAGCAGCGAAAUACGAAAUAAAUUGGGUUAAUUAAUCGUAAUAUUAUGUCUUCACGUUCUGAAUAAGUGUUAAAUACCAGACAAGAUGAAUUUCAAUGCUUCCAGAAACGUUGGGCAAUCAGGAGGUGGCGGAGGAGGUAUCAGGAAGGCGAAGCGGGUGAGCGAUGUGGCGGCGAUGGGGGCUCCGUCGCCCACGCCGGCCUUCAGCCCUGCGCCGGGCUUCAACGCGGGGUACCCACCAGCCGGCCCACCGCCUCCGUAUCAGGAAGGAAUCCAGUUGGAAACCACUCAGGACUUUGUGGCACCUUCUCCCCCUCCCAGUUAUGGCUUUGGCUUCCCACAGUCACCGAUAGCAUCUCCUGCCCAAUUAGGUUCUAUGCUACAGCAGCCAAUUGUUCAAGACAUGGCUUAUCAAUACGGAAAUCAGCUGGCUGCACAGGGACGGGAGGUGGUGCAGCGGGAGAUCAACAAGUACGUGCCUGUGUCCCGGCUGCGGUACUACUUCGCAGUGGACACGAGAUACGUGUUAAAAAAGUUGCUACUUAUCAUUUUUCCGUUCACUCAUAAGGAAUGGAUGCUGAAGUACGACCAGGAGUCGCCGGUGCAGCCGCGCUUUGACCUCAACGCGCCCGACCUCUACAUCCCGUCCAUGGGCUACGUCACCUACGUACUGCUCACCGGAUUCGUGCUCGGUCUCCAGCACCGCUUUUCGCCCGAACAAAUAAGCAUCCAAGCAUCAAGUGCUCUGGCAUACAUCUUCUUCGAGAUGAUCUUAUACCUGGUGACGUUGUACAUCACCAACACCAGCACCAGCCUGAAGACGCUCGACCUGCUGGCGUUCUCGGGCUACAAGUACUGCGCCAUGAUCGGCAGCGUGUUAGCUGGGCUGCUGCUGGGACGGACGGGGUAUUACUGCUGGCUGUUUUACAGCAGUUUAGCGCUGUCGUACUUUUUGGUGAAGACACUCCGCGUGCAAGUGCUGACGGGCUCGGGCGGCCCGAGCGGCGGCGCGGCGCCGGCCUACGGGUACGCGGCCGCGCCUGCUUACGCGGAGAACCCCUACGCAGACAACUGGGCCAAGCCCGCCGGCGGUGGCGGCACCAAACGUCGAGUGUACUUCCUGUUAUUCGUGGCCAUCACGCAGCCGCUGCUGUCCUGGUGGCUCACCUACCACCUCGUGCCCGACGCCGCCCCGCCCGCGGCCCGAUAGCGGCCCCCGGCCCACCGGCCCCCUUCCCAUCGGCCCCCGGCCCGCGGCGCCGUACUUAGCCCGCUGUCCAGUGGCGGCGUAAUGUGUUACUUGACUGUGCAUUUGGUGGUUUUAAAUUUCGAAGUGUUAAACAAAUAAACAACACAUGAAGACUAAAUGCUGCAAUGGAUGAAUGGACUUUGCUUAAUUAAUGUGUCAAUUCAAUGCAACGCCUGCUGCUUGCUAAAACGUUAACUUUUUUAUAAUAACGUCACUGUAAUCUCAAUAGUCAAAUGGGCUAAAUCUUGAACAUGCUUGUUUACCUAAUUUUUAUCAAAUGAUAGAAAAUUUCAAUAAAAAAAACAGAAAGGUACUCGUAAGUUGAGAAGCAGGACUUUCUCUAGACGUUUCAGCUCAGUUCAAUAUCAUGAUCAACAGAAGAAUUUAGGUAAAAACUGUGACACCUUAUAUACCUUAGAUACAUAUUAUGCGACUUGGCAACAUUUUUGAUAAACUGUCGACUGCUUAUGCGACAAUCGUUUUGAUAUCUAAAUAUAAUAUACCUCAUGAAUGUUUCCUUUGGAAUUUAUCUGCAUUUGAGUUUACUUGCAUACUGUACGAUUUUAACAAUAAAAAAUAAUAAAAAGAAACUAUGUUCCUAUUAUAACUGUCAAAUGUACGUUUGAGUUGAACGCAUCACUAAAUUGGUUUAUGCCACUAUCGAUAUAGGGUGAAAGAUGUGACUGACUGGGUGAUUAAAGGGUGCAAUAAAUUUUGUAAAAAAGGUGUCAUUAAACAAAUUGCAAUGCUAUAAUUUCAGCAAGUGCUUAAUUUAUUCACAUCACAAAAAUUGCAUGUAAUGCAAUUCCAUAGUAGUCAAUUUUUACAGUUUGAUGUUAACUUGACUAUAGAAAUGUUUCAAUUAAAAUAUUUUCACCCUGUAUUUAUAUUUCAUAGGUUUUUAUACUAAAAAUGCCGAGAGGUGGCGUUAGUGUCCAUGCGUGGAUCCAUUCGCCUUUUUAAUAAAUUAUGUAACUCAUAACAUUUUGAAUGCUAGAUUUAACGUUGUAUGUACUAAUUUGCCGGUGAGCAGUGACGCCGCCUGUCGUCCGAAAUCAUUAAACUAUUACAAAUUGUGAAAUAAUAUGUUUAUGUAAAUAAAUUCAAAGACGGAAUGAA